AUGGAAACUGCACGGAGUCUUUACAGGAAUGGGGUCGACUUUGCUGCCCUUUCGUUACAGUCGCCAGAGUUCGCGAAGCAUCUCAAAUCAAAUGGUCAGUUGGACUUCAACGAUCCAGCAUCCGUGAGAGCGUUGACCAUCACUUUGCUGAAACAAGACUUUCGUUUGAACGUUGAAUUGCCUGAAGAUCGAUUAUGUCCACCGGUCCCUAACAGACUGAACUACAUCCUCUGGUUGCAAGACCUUCUGGAUUCAACAGCAGGCACGAUCAAAGAAGGAUACGAUCCUGACCGAGAAGUAAUCGGUCUUGAUGUUGGAACUGGGUGUUGCAGCAUCUACCCUUUGCUAGGAUGCAGAAUUCGACCUCGAUGGAGGUUCCUUGCGACAGAAAUCGAUGAGAAAAACGCCCGCACGGCUGAACAUAAUGUGAAGCUCAACGAACUCGACUCACGAAUUCGCAUCGUGAGAACUGACCCCCGAGGCCCUUUAUUCCCUCUCGACAAGUUUGAUCUGAAGAGAACCGAUUUCACAAUGUGCAAUCCACCAUUCUACGCAUCCCAAAAAGAAAUGAUACAAUCGGCAGAAGCCAAAUCCGAGAAACCAUCGCAGACGUGCACAGGCGCAGACGUGGAAAUGGUCACAUCAGGAGGCGAGGUAGCUUUCGUGACACGCAUGAUCGAAGAAAGCAUGCAACUACGCACCCGAGUACAGUGGUACACAUCCAUGCUGGGGAAACUGAGCAGCGUUGCGGCCCUUGUCGAGACCUUGACAAAAAACAAUAAUCACAACUAUGCCGUCGCAGAGCUUGUGCAGAGCGUCGCCCGGGGUAUUCCGGGAUUCCCAAAGCACCUUCUUCCCUUUCCGAGUGAUUAUACCUUCACUCUUCCGCCAAAGACAUCCGUCGACACUGCUAGCGCUACUUUAAACAGCGAGCUGGACUCGCUACCAUGGUACUGGGACUGGGACAAGAUUCUCAGCGCUGGAGUGGGAUACACCUCGGAGAAUGUCUGGUCUCGACAAGCACGUCGUAAGAUGAAGCUUUCUGGACAGGAAGGCAUAGAUAUAAAGACUGUCCCAGCGGAGGCAGCGCUUGGAGUCCGUGUUCAGUUGACACUCGGCCAUAGAAACACUCCCGAAACACAAGGGCAAGUACAAGUCUUGAUACGCUGGAUCCAGGGAACGGAUAGCGUAUUAUUUGAGAGCUUUUGCGGGAUGCUGAAGAGGAAGAUGCAGGCAUAA